AUGACCAUUCUCCACUCUUACUACCCCGUGGGCGUAGCAAUCCCCAGCUACGUCCCUAAUGAAUGGAGCACUGUAGCGUUGGUCUCUACAUUCGCUAUUACCUGCAUAGUUGUUCUAGCAGCCGCUAAAGCCAUCGCGACAAAUACGAACCCUCGACUUACGAUCCCUGAACUUUCCAAGGUUCUCUGGUUUACGUUAUGCGGCUGCAUCCACCUCAUCCUUGAAGGCUAUUAUGCCCUAAACUUUGCCACACUUCCGGGCUCCCAACAUAUCCUCGCACAACUCUGGAAAGAAUAUUCCAUGUCUGAUUCGCGGUAUCUCACAUCUCAUGCAUUUGUCAUGUCUAUGGAGUCAAUUACUGCCUGGUGCUGGGGCCCGUUAUCUUUCCUCCUUGCGUCUUUCAUCGUCACGGAUAAUCCCUUCCGACACCCGCUCCAGAUUAUCAUAUCCACUGGACAGCUGUAUGGGGAUGUAUUGUACUACGGAACAUGCGCGUUUGACUUCUUGGUGUAUGGCGUUGAGUACUCGAGGCCCGAAGGGUACUACUUUUAUGGGUAUUUUGUGUUGUUAAAUGCGUUUUGGAUUGUUAUCCCGGCUCUGCUUAUUGCUGAUAGUGUGGGCGCUUGUGGGAGGGCGUUUGCAGAGGCCAAGAGGAUGAGGAUGGCCGGGAUAAAUGGCUUGGAACUACAGGCUUAG